AUGACGAGCUCUUUGCAGCUUUAUCCAAGAGAUGAACUUAGAACUUCCACUACCACUACUGCUAUCCCAGCUACAACCACAGCUACUGCUAUCCCAGCUACAACCACAACUACGGCCAUCCCAGCUACAACCACAACUACUGCCAUCCCAGCUACAACCACAACUACUGCCAUCCCAGCUACAACCACAACUACUGCCAUCCCAGCUACAACCACAACUACUGCUAUCCCAGCUACAACCACAACUACUGCUAUCCCAUCUACAACCACAACUACUGCUAUCCCAGCUACAACCACAACUACUACUAUCCCAGCUACAACCACAACUACUGCUAUACCAGCUACAACCACAACUACUGCUAUCCCAUCUACAACCACAACUACGGCCAUCCCAGCUACAACCACAACUACUGCUAUCCCAGCUACAACCACAACUACUGCUAUACCAGCUACAACCACAACUGCUGCUAUACCAGCUACAACCACAACUACUGCGAUCCCAAAUUCGACCGCAACUAAGAUACCAACUACAAUCACAACAACUACGACCCAACGUAACCCAUGCAACGAGUUGAUUGACUUCACAUUGUAUCAUGAUAUAAAUUACAGCGGAGAGACUAUUAAAUUACAAAUGAAGCAAGGCGUGUGCUACGAUUUGACAAAUUUCGAUGACCGAGUAACACCUGCGUCAUUUUAUACGAUGGCUUUAGAUGUGCAGGACAAGAGCUUCAGAUCAGCGAACACGACCGAUGUCGUAACUCCGUAG